AGAUCACGUGACGCAAGGCACGAUGACAACAUUUCCGAGCUGUUGGAGACUGAAAUGAAAACUCCUUUGAUUUUCUGGAGGAAUAUAAAACACGGAGACAAAAUAUGAAGGGGAAGUAUUUGUUUCAUAUUGAUUGUAAAAUACAUCGUUUUGCAUUGUAGAAAUGGUGCAUUUGGUCGUGCAACUAUGUGACACUGCCUCAGUACACCCUCUAGUGUCAGCAGACCUCGGAUCAGAGCUUCGUUUAACAGCAAAGAAGAUGAUAUUGAGACAUAAUAAUAAGACAUAUGGAAUAGCUAAGUAUGCCAAUUAAAGGAUCAACAUAUUAACGAUAUAUAGGCUUUAUGUAAUGAUGUAAAGUCAAAAAACAAAAAGUCCAUUGCUUAAUAUUGCUCACCAACAUCCAUGGCUUCUCUGACCAAGUCAUUGCUGAAGAAAGCAUACUAUUAUUGUAAGAUCCGGUGUACAGAUGUACUAUGGCUACUCUCCUCAAAUAUUACUGUUAUCAAAUAUAUGUUUGAAUACUUGUUUGAUACUAUAGCUGUUUCUUUCCUUUUUAUAGCUGUUUAUUUUUCUUAUCAUUUUACUAUUAUCCCUUUCUCCCUUCUUUCUUCUAUUCGCCUACACGUUUUUCCGUAAUGCUGUGGUUCUAUUUGAACUAAUGUAGAAAUCAAUUGGUAUUUUGUCAUAUGGACAUUGGUUUAUUAUCUUAAUGUUUUCCUCAAUUGGAAAAAAAAACUAAAUACAAAAAUUAAAACAAAAAGGCCAGGGAAAGAGAAAAUGUUCUCGGAACAAAAUCAGUUGGCUGCUUAUGGGGAAAAGAUUAAUCAUUAAACAAGUUUCUCACUUCUCACAUCGUUGGUCUGACGCAUACCAGAGGGCGUGGUCUUUUAGCGAGGAGGCGGAAAUAACUAGUUUGCGGUCUACGAUUGGUUUCAAUUGUGGCGUUCUUUGACGUACCCUGCACACCAUUGGCCAGUCUUAAACGUCGUCUUCGUGCUGAUCUUUGUUUCGACCAAUCACAGAGCGCUUCUCACUCGGCUCAUUCAGAUAGUUUACGGUUUAUAUGUGUUUUUGUUGCACGCGCCGACCGCAGAUAACUACAGGAGCCUAUUGCGUGCUUCUUAUGUCAAAAGUUGUCUCAUUUAGGACCCGCGUUUAUUUCACCUGCGAGGAAAAACAUUUUCGUCACGGUGCCUGAUACUCUCGCUCACCUGUUUGCCACUUUUCAAUCACUAUGGCCACGCGCGUCCGACCGAGCAGUAAACGGUGUGCAGUCAUCGGGGGGUCUGGCUUCCUCGGCAGACACCUGGUGGAGAAGCUGUUGGAUCGAGGCUACUCCGUUUCUGUGUUUGACAUCCGCCAGAGCUACGAACUGCCUGGUGUCACCUUCCACCAGGGAGACCUCUGCGACAACCAGGCUCUGCUGUCGGCUAUGAAGGAUGUGUCCCUGGUCUUCCACUGUGCCUCCCCAGCUCCUGCCAGCGAUGACCGCAAGCUAUUUGAGAGGGUCAACAUCCAGGGCACGCACACCCUCAUUGAGGCCUGCCUCGAGGCUGGAGUACAGAAACUGGUCCUGACGAGCAGCGCCAGUGUGGUGUUUGAAGGGAAGGAUGUUAAGAAUGGGAGAGAGGAUCUACCAUACGCCAAGAAGCCCAUCGACUAUUACACAGAGACCAAGAUAGAGCAAGAAAAGCUGGUCCUCGAGGCUUGUGACAAGGAGAAGGGUUUCCUCACAGUCGCCAUCCGGCCUCAUGGCAUCUUUGGCCCUCGGGACCCACAGCUGGUUCCUAUUCUAGUGGACGCGGCGCGCAGGGGCAAGAUGAAGUUCAUCAUUGGUGAUGGGACCAAUCUGGUGGACUUCACCUUUGUGGAGAAUGUAGUUCAUGGCCACAUCCUGGCUGCUGAACGCCUGAGGCCAGACUCCCCCAUAUGUGGAAAAUCAUACCACAUCACCAACGACGAGCCAGUUAGAUUCUGGGACUUCAUGUCUGAGGUGUUGGUGGGUCUGGGAUAUGCCGCCCCCCGCUACCACCUCCCCUACACUCUGGUGUAUGGCCUGGCCUUGCUCCUCUGGCUACUGGCCCUGAUCCUGCGCCCUCUAGUGUCCUUUAAACCCACCUUUACACCAAUGAGAGUGGCUCUGGCUGGAACCCAUCACUACUACAGCUGUGACCGUGCCAAGCGGGACCUGGGCUAUAAACCGGUAGUCAGUCUGAAGGAUGGCAUAGAACGCACCGUGCAGAGCUACCCUCACCUCAGACAAGGAGCUUGAGGCUGGAAUGGAGGCGAAGACUGUUGAGACAUGUAAGGCUGUACAGUUACACUCACUCUAGAAAUAGGUGACCCUGAAUGGACAAUUUCAAUAUGAGGGAAUGGAAAGUUUAUCUUUAACCUAAUCUCCCAAUGUGAAGCAUAUUUGUGCCUUUUCAAUGUUUAUGUACCAUUUUCAACCAGCAGAUGGCGGCAAGUCAUUCUGAUUUGAGUCCACACACUGCAGUAUGGCCUAUCCAAAGUUUUAAAGCACUGAGUGAACAGUUAAAACCACCAUUUAUUACAACAUACAUAUACUAAUCUUACACUGUGGAAGUGGUAAAGACUUAGAAAUAUUGUUUUAUGUAUUCAUUUUGUGCUGUACACAUUAAGAUGCUGCUGUUUAUAUCAAAUUGCCUCAAUACAUUCCACUAAACUAAAAUUCUCCCACAACACUUUGCCUGAAAAUAUUGUUUCAAAUGACUGACUCUACAUUAUGUCUAAAUAUGUGUGUAUUGUUGUCCAACUUUUGGCAACAGUUUGGGGUUGUCCCUUUUUUAUUGUUUCAACAGAACAUGUGACCACCGUUGCAUGCAUAAAGAAAGCUCUGACCUCAUCCCCAUCCAACACCCUCAGGAUGAAUCUGAAUGAUGACUACAAGGCAAGCCUUUUCCCCAGGUUUCAAAAUCUUGGGGAAAGCCGUAUUUGAAGAGUGGACGCUGCAAUAUUGAGCAGGAUAUUACUGCUUAUAGUUUAGAGUGUAGGUUCACCUUUUUCAAGUCUGGCUGAAGACGAUACAUGCAUAUAUUCACAUUAAAACAUUUUUUUGAUGACCGUUA